GGCAACUCUGACCAGUACUAUUCGCCUUUGCUCAGCUGUGGUAUCUUGGCUGUCUCAGUUGAUGGUCAGGAAUUAAGCUAUCACCUACCUAUGUCGCUCACAAUGGAAAAAAUGGAGAAGACCAAUAUCCAGCUGCAGAGACAUCUAAAGACUGAGUGGAACCCCCAGUGUGUCUUGUUCACCUAUUUCCAAGGAGACAUCGGCAGCUUAGUGGACAAACUCUUCUCCAGAGCUCUGAGCAGUGUCAGGAGCCCCAAGGGAUUGAGCCCCUUGAGCCAGGGUGCAGGCGUGAUCCUGAGGAAUGACAUGCCUCCAAACCAGUGGUGUUUCUUGUCUCAGUGGACAGAGCCAGAGCCAGAGCCAGUAUGGUGUCAACCAAGCAACUACAGCUUGAAUGGGCCCAGUCUCAUGACUAUGGAUCAGUACCCAGCGUCCCUGGCGGGGACCCCUGUUGAGUCUGACGAGUAGUGGCAUUACCCCUCCCUAGCCAGCCCCAGCUCCUCAGAGCCUGGUUACUCUCAGGCCUACUCCAGUGGGCACGUGGUCCCAGAGCCCCAGCGUGAUGGGAACUAUGAGCCCUUCUUAAGUCUCCUCCAGCAAAAUCGACACCUAGCCCAUCCUCAGGAGUCUGCAGCGUGGGAGGAUUGCAACUCUGCCCAUAUAGCUAGAAGCAUGAGAUUGCUCUGCAACUUGCCUCCCAGUUCAGCCCACUAUAAGAAAAUAUAUUUCCCCCCAGAUGGUGGACCUGCCAGUGUCAACCUUGCAAGUGAAAAAAGCCAGUCUCCAGAGAAAGAGAUGUGUUCUUUUAUUGAACCUCAGUCCGAAGAAGAGAAUUUCUUUUUCCAAACCUGCUCAUGA